AAACUUCUAACUUUUAAAACGACGCCUUUUAAAUGAAAAAUAUGAACCCCUAGCUUCCCUCACUGGCAGCCACCACGCACAAUGAGAUGAAUCCCUAGUUCCCUUCAGUUCUUCACUAGCCUAAAACACUUUGCCAAUCUGCUUCCAGCUGCUACUAUCGAGUACUGACCUUCAAUCUUCGACAUUUUAACCACGGCCACCACUGAAGGCAACAACUGAUCUAGCCACCAUUGUUGACUGGAACGCACUCUCUUUCCAGUUUGUUUGUUGGAAAAAAUGCCGUUGGGAUUGAUAACCGGGAUAGGGAGGGCAAUGAGGAGGAAGCGAACGUCGUCGUUGGACAUUCUCUCGUCAAAACGUGCUCCCCGGACUUACUACAAGGGAAAGAAUUGCAAGCCCACUGGUUUUCACACUCGUAAAGGUGGGUAUGUUGUUGUACCGGAAAAACUGCCCAACUAUGUAGUCCCUGAUUUGACUGACUUCAAGCUCAAACCAUACGUGUCUCAAUGUCCAACGGAGGUUAAGACAACUGAAGCAUCUGAACUUGCUAAGUAGAGCUAGAGUGAAUAUUUGAUCUUUUACAAUGUUGUCUAGCUGCCCAUUUGCUGUUCUCAACUCAAACUGGAAGUAAUGUUGUGGUGGCAUUGUGAAGAGUACUUGAAAAUGGUGUUUCUCAUCCCUGUUGAACUAAUGAGAGUUCUUAGUUGCUUAUUCAAGUCUAUUGCUGGAAAUCUUUGAUGGUACAAGUAACGUCCAUUGUUUGAACCUGUAAAGAUCCAGUGUCGUGAUUUUGAUAUUAUAAUGAGCAGGCAAUUAUGAAA